CUGGCAGAUUCUGCAGCUGAAUGGACUUCUCUCUGGGCCUACGUUUGGGGCCACGAAACAAGAAGGCCACCCACCAACAACCUCCUGCACCCUCUGGGCAUGUCCCACCAGCUGCCUCUCCUUGUCUAUCCUGUCCUCCCUCUGCCUGUGCCUGCCCCUGCCCUGCCUGUCCUCAUCCCACCUGCAACUGCACUGCCUACCCCUCUUAUGCAGCUACCUGUCCCUCCUGUCCCAGCCUCCCUGGCCCACCCUGCACCUGCUCCUGCCCUGCCUGUCCUCCCUCAACUUGUCACCAUAGCUCUGGUGUCCCAUGCUCUGAUCCUCACUUGACCUACUGCCAUCCCUCACCUUGCCCCAUUUACCCUAGUGCCAAGGGCCGAUCCGCCUGUCCCAGCUCCUGUUUGGCCUAUAGUAACAACUGUGGCUGUGGCAGAGGGCCUGCCUGGGGGCCUCCAGGCUCCAUUGGCCACUGCAGCUGCUGCUUCAGGGGACAACGCACCUCUCGGUGGCACUGUCUGAUAGUCUAGGCGGGCUAUUGCCCCCUAAAGAGACGGUCAGUCUUCUGGAGCCCUUCUGGAGCUGCUUCCUCAGGAGGCAGAAGCUCUGGGUGGAGUAAGAGGGGUCACCUGGACCCCUCACCCAGAAGGUAAAGGCAGCACACUGCUUAGAGCCCCUGGCCUCCCUCCCCCUCAGUCCUGGGGGUGAGAACAGGCAUCUGCUUUGAAGUUAGUUUCUGGGCAUGUUCCUGCUGGUUCCAGAAACUCUUCUUCUGCAACGUUUGGAAUGGAAACUGUUCUCAGAGCCUCCUGCAAGGCCUCUGAAGGAAUCUGGUGCUCUCUGCCUGGAUGUCUUGUCUUGCAAAUCUCCGAGUGCUAGCCCAGACUC